AUGGUUGAGCUGAACGUAACAUUCGCUGCUGCUGCGAUUCCUAGGCUGUCGAUCCAACCCCCUGAUUUAGUAAUACUUUUCUCUGCAAAAUUCACAUCACCGCCUUUCGGCAGGAACGCCUACGGAUCAGCCCACAAAGGGAUUCAAGCAGAAAACAUCUGGGGCCAAGUAAGGUGUGUGGGUUUUUUCUGGUUAUCUUUGUUUGCAUGGAGUUGGUUGGCCAGUUUCAGGGCUUUUUUGUUCAGGACUUUUUUGUUAUGGCAUCUCUCAGGUGGGCGCUGUUGCCAUUAAAGGUCCCCUGACCAUUAGGUCCAGUCGUGGCCGACUUUGGGGUUGCGGCGCUCAUCUUGCUUUAUUGGCCAAGGGAGCCGGCGUACAGCUUCCAGGUCAUGUGGCCAGCAUGACUAAGCCGCUUCUGGUGAACCAGGGCAGCGCACAGAAACACCGUUUACCUUCCCGCCGGAGUGGUACCUAUUUAUCUACUUGCACUUGGACCUGCUUUCGAACUGCUAGGUUGGCAGGAGCAGGGACUGAGCAACGGGAGCUCACCCCGUCGCGGGGAUUCAAACCACCGACCUUCUGAUCGGCAAGCCCUAGGCUCUGUUGUUUAACCCACAGUGCCACCCGCGUCCCUAUGCCGUUGCCAUUAUAAGAGAGCAAAGGUGGCGUUCGUAGUGAGUUCCGGCACCUCUUUUUCUAGAAAAAUAGCACUGGCUGGAUUGAAAGGUCUUCUUUGCGAGAAGCAAAGUUACAAGGGAACCAGCCAGAGGGCCUUCUCAGUAGUGGCGCCUGCCCUGUGGAACACCCUCCCAUCAGAUGUCAAGGAAAUAAACAACUACCUGACUUUUAGAAGACAUCUGAAGGCAGCCCUGUUUAGGGAAGUUUUUAAUCACUGAUGUUUUAAUGUGUUUUUAAUCUCUUGUUGGGAGCCGCCCAAAGUGGCUGAGGAAACCCAGUAAUAUAUUAUUAUUAUUAUUAUUACUAUUAUUAUUAUUAUUACUUCUAGCACUUGAGCAGAUGCCUUUGCCAACCUGGUGUCCUACAGAUGUUUUGGAAGACAACCUCCCAUCAGCCGCAGGCAGCUGUGCUGGGAGGCACCAGGCUGGCAAAAGUUGCACUAGAGAAGGCAUGGCCAAACUCAGCCCUCCAGAUGUUUUGGGACUACAACUCCCAUCAUCCCUGACCUGUUAGUUAGGGAUGAUGGGAGUUGUAGUCCCAAAACAUCUGGAGGGCCAAGUUUGGCCAUGCCUGCACUAGAGAAUGAGAAGCUGCCGUAUUACGCAUGCACUCGCUUUGUGGGUGAUUUCAGACCUUGGACUCAUUUAGCAACAAACUUUCUUUGAAUUCCUUUUACUGGGACUUUUAAUGGGACUUAGCAGUGAUUCCUGCAUUGCAGUGGGGUUGGACUAGAUCAGGGGUCAGCAAACUUUUUCAGCAGGGGGCUGGUCCACUGUCCCUCAGACCUUGUGAGGGCUGGACUAUAUUUUUUGGGGGGUGGGGGUGGGAAAUGAACGAAUUCCUAUGGCCCACAAAUAACCCAGAGAUGCAUUUUAGAUAAAAGGACAUAUUCUACUCAUGUAAAAAAAAGCUGAUUCCUGGACCGUCCGCGGGCCAGAUUGAGGAGGUGAUUGGGCCGGAUCCGGCCCCCAGGCCUUAGUUUGCCUACCCAUGGACUAGCUGACUCCUUGGGUUCCUUCCAUCUCUACACUUCUAUGAUUCUGAUUGUCACUGGAUCAGGGCCUUAGCGGAAGCUUUGGGACAGUUUUCUGAAUAACAGAGCAUCUUUGAAUUGUGCCAUGGCAUCCCCCACAACGGGAUUGAGAUCACAAGAUUCAGAGCUGGAAGGAAAGGUAGUGGAUUCAUGUUGUCGUUUAGUCGUUUAGUCAUGUCCGACUCUUUGUGACCCCCUGGACCAGAGCACGCCAGGCACUCCUGUCUUCCACUGCCUCCCGCAGUUUGGUCAGACUCAUGUUUGUAGCUUUGAGAACACUGUCCAACCAUCUUGUCCUCUGUCGUCCCCUUCUCCUUGUGCCCUCCAUCUUUCCCAGCACCAGGGUCUUUUCCAGGGAGUCUUCUCUUCUCAUGAGGUGGCCAAAGUCUUGGAGCAUCAGCUUCAGGAUCUGUCCUUCCAGUGAGUACUCAGGGCUGAUUUCCUUCAGAAUGGAUCGGUUUGAUCUUCUUGCAGACCAUGGGACUCUCAAGAGUCUCCUCCAGCAUCAGAAUUCAAAAGCAUCCAUUCUUCGGCGAUCAGCCUUCUUUAUGGUCCAUCUCUCAUUUCCAUACAUCACUACUGGGAAAAUUGUUGUUGUUUAGUUGUUUAGUCCUGUCCGCCUGUUCGUGACCCCCUGGACCAGAGCACGCCAGGCCCUCCUGUCUUCCACUGCCUCCCGCAGUUUGGUCAAACUCAUGCUGGUAGCUUUGAGAACACUGUCCCACCAUCUCGUCCUCUGUUGUCCCCUUCUCCUUGUGCCCUCCAUCUUUCCCAACAUCGGGGUCUUUUCAGGGCAGCUUAUAGAUAAAAAUAAGAACUGCUGAAAACAGAGGGGAAAACAAUAAUUGAAAAGCAAUUAAACACUGAUAGAAUUAAAACGAUACACAUAUAUAAAAAUCUGUUAAAGCCAUACCAAUAAAAGCAGCAUGGCACCAGCCUUCUCAAAGCAGUCAGUUCCCCACCCCCAAAAAGUCCUUUUUCAAGCAGCGAAUGGUUAAACUGUGGAAACCACAGGAGGGGAGAGUUGCUCUUGUGCUCAGAUCCUGCUUCCAAGCUUCCCACUGUUAGACUAGGCUGCUGGGCUAGGGGCACUUCAUUGGUUCAAUAAUUACCUUCUCCUCCAACUUCCAACACAGUCGGAAUUCACAGCAACCUUUCAGAAGCCAUGACGCUUUAGAAAGGCACUGGGAAGUUAAGAUGUCUUUACAUCUGUCAUAAUUCGCUUUUUUGCAACACGUGCUAAGCAGCUAUGAAGUGGGAGCAUUUGAGAAGCAAACGUUUGGGCAACGCCAGCUUCACGCAACUAAUAUUGUUAAUUCCCCCUAAAACGACCCCCAACUCUUGCUGCCGUCUGCAACAUCCAGUUUGUUUCUCUCCAAAAUUCUCUUAGCACUCAGAACUGGCAAAAUAUUUCAUUUCCCAGGCUUGGCAAGCGGUCUUAAUUCUCAGGUACGUUCCAGGAGUCUUCAUGCAAAUAGUUGCUGGCUUAAAUUACUGGCCCUCAAGCUCAGGCUAGUUUCUGUUGUUUCCCGUCACCCUACAAGUUCCACCUUGCCCAGAGAUUAAAUGAUUUGGCAUGUGAGAAGCACAUUUUGUCAUAACAAUUCUUCCCAUCCUCCUUGUUCCCCUUCUUCCUUUCUCCCUCUUUCCAACAAUAAAAUAACACAUUGUUGUAAGGCAAUGAUAAUAAUCAUAAUUUUAUUAUUUAUACCCCACCCAUCAGGCUGGGUUUCCCCAGCCACUCUUGGCAGCUUCCAGCACAUAUAAAACAUACUGUACUAAAACGUCAAACACUAAAAACUUCUCAAUACAGUCAUACCUCAGGUUACAGACACUUCAGGUUGCACGAUUUUGGGUUGCGCACUGCGCUGAACCCGGAAGUACUGGAACUGGUUACUUCCGGGUUUUGGCGCAUGUGCAUGCGCAGAAACGCUAAAUCGCGCUUUGCGCAUGCACAGUAACACCGAAUCGCAACCCACGCAUGUGUGAACACGGUGCUGCAAGUUGCAAAUGUGCUUCCCGCACAGAUCACAUUCGCAACCCCAGCAUCCACUUUACAGGGCUACCUUCAGAUGUCUUCAAAAGGUUGUAUAGUUCUUUAUCUCCUUGAGAUCUGCAGGGAGGGCGCCACCACCGAGAAGGCCCUCUGCCUGCUUCCCUGUAACCUCACUUCUCGCAGGGAGGGAACCGCCAGAAGGCCCUUGGAGCUGGACCUCAGUGUCCGGGCUGAACGAUGGGGGUGGAGACGCUCCUUCAGGUAUUCUGGUAUAUUGGGCGAUUGACCCAGUCCUGUGGAACAUGCUGGCACUAGAGAUUCAGCAGACACCUCCUGUGCCAACUUUAAAACGCCUGCAGGAAACUUUUCUAUUCUGCCAGGCCUACGCAGGCAAGGAAGAGUAUACACCCCACAGUGGUCUACUGGUGUCUGUUUUGGUUUUAGUUUUAUGUUUGUGCUGGUAACAAGGGUUAACCGUGCGGCAAGGUCCAAGUCCAGUCCGAGGUCAAGGGUGCGGUAUGGAGGCUGUCCGUCAAAGCUGAAGCUGGGUCCAAGGCAGGGAGUCGGGUGAGGUCAGGAACUCUGGCAGAAGAGCAGGACAGGGUGCAGGCAGGAACAGGCUACCAACAAUGUUGCUCCCGCAACCUGGGACUGGGGCUGGCUGGCUUUUAUCUGCCCCGAGGCAUAGGGUGGCCCCGGUCCACAGGUGACUUGCCUCUCCUGGCCUGGAGGCGAGCACUCCUCCUGCGGGAACUUAGUUCCCUCCGCCUCUCUGCCCUGAGCCUCUGCAGCUCAGGAGAGGCUGGAGGGUUACUGGACCCAGAGGCAACCUCAGCUUCCUCUGACGGGGCUGAGAGUGAAGCACCUGCAGGCAAUGGGUCCUCCAUCACCUCAGGGGCCAGAGCAGACUCAGCUGAUGCCUGCACCUGAGGAUCCAGCACAGGUGAGGACCCUUCAGGCUCAUUCCCUCAGCUGGUUCUGGAGGCGGGGACUCCUGUGCAGGCUGGGAUUCCUCAGGUUCAGCCUCCGAGUCCGAAUGCCAGGCCAUCACAAUGUUGUUGAUAUCAGGUCUACCAACAAUCCUGCUAGAUAACUGGAGAACUCGCUGCCACAGGAAGCAGUCAUAAGCAAAAGCCUAGAGACAAAUUCAUGGAGGAGAGAGGGCUCUCAAUGGCUACAAGUCACAGUAGCUCUGCUCUGCCUCCACAGCUGGAAGCAGUAAUGCGUCUGGACCCCAGUUGCUGGAAACCACAGGAGGGGAGACGAGUCUUGUGUUCGAAUCUUGCUUGUGGGUUCCCUGUUGGCUACUGUGAGAACAGGAUGCUGGUCUAGACUGGCCAUUUUGCAGAUCCAGGAGUCACUUCUUCGGCUCUCAAUAUGUGUGGACUGUUAUCCAUUCAGUGAUGAUGAUGAUGAUGAUGAUGAUGGUGAUGAUUUAUUUAUACCUCGCCCAUCUGGCUGGGUUUCCCCAGCCACUCUGGCUGGCUUCCAACAGAAUAUCAAAGGUAAAGGGACCCCUGACCAUUAGGUCCAGUCGCGGACGACUCUGGGGUUGCAGUGCUCAUCUCGCUUUAUUGGCUGAGGGAGCCGGCGUACAGCUUCCGGGUCAUGUGGCCAGCAUGACUCAGCCGCUUCUGGCGAACCAGAGCAGCGCACGGAAACGCCGUUUACCUUCCCGCUGGAGCAGUACCUAUUUAUCUACUUGCACUUUGAUGUGCUUUUGAACUGCUAGGUUGGCAGGAGCAGGGACCAAGCAAUGGGAGCUCACCCCGUCACAGGGAUUUGAGCCGCUGACCUUCUGAUCGGCAAGUCCUAGGCUCUGUGGUUUAACCCACAGUGCCACCCGCGUCCCAUAACAGAAUAUUAAAAACACAAUAAAACAUCAAACAUUAAAAACUUUCCUAAUCAGGGCUGCCUUCAGAUGUCUUCCAAAAGUCUGAUAGUUGUUUAUUUCCUUGACAUCUGAUGGGAGGGCGUUCCACAGGGCAGGGGCCACCACCGAGAAGGCCCACUGCCUGGUUCCCUGUCACCUUACUUCUCGCAGGGAGGGAACCGCCAGAAGGCCCUCAGAGCUGGACCUCAGUGUCCGGGCCGGACGAUGGGCGUGGAGAUGCUCCUUCAGGUAUACUGGGCCGAGGCCGUUUAGGGCAGGCAUAGGCAAACUCUGCCCUCCAGAUGUUUUGGGACUACAACUCCCAUCAUCCCUGACCACUGGCCCUGUUACCUAAGGAUGAUGGGAGUUGUAGUCCCAAAACAUCUGGACGGCCGAGUUUGCCUAUGCGUGGUUUAGGGCUUUCAAGGUCAUGAAUUGGACAUGACAGUGAGAAAGGACAGGAUUUAUGAAGAUUCAUUUCCCCUCCCCAGGCUCAUCUAUAUUGCCAAGGACGGCAAAGCCUCCUUCUCGGUGUUCGCGGACAUUUUCCAGGGCUGA